AAUUCACACCGUCACUGACCAGUUAAUACCCAGCCAAUUCUACAUUCUCAUUCAUUGACACCCACAUCACUCACCAGGCUAGGCCCCUCUUUUAAAGCAUCACUCAUCGAUACCACAGAGAAAAACGUGAUGAUGGCAACACCAAGAUGACAAAAACACUGCGCCUGUGCCUCACAUGCACCGUUUUGUGUGGAAUGCUAAAUCAAUUUUUAGUGGAUUAAUUGGUGUAUAGUUGAUCUAAAUAAAUAUUUGAUGGCUUCAACGCAAUAAAUAAUAUAUUCAGUAUUUGCCGCGGGCCUUUAAAAACACACACACACAACAGCACAAAGCCACUCAUAUCUCCCGGGCCGUAGUUUGGACACCCCUGCGUUUUGUCCUGUCUUGAGAUGUACACAACUUGUUAUAAAUAAAUAACAAACAAGAAAAAAACACGCAUCUACACACACCCCAAAAAAAAUCCUAAUUUUGCACGUAUGCAAUAGUUUUUUUUAUCCUGUUUGCUUGCUUGUUUUCCCUUGAGCACUGGUUUACAUUGUGAUGUGUCAUCAUGAUAAUGAUGCUUACACGAGUCGGUUUGGUCCUCAGGUGCGGCUUCAGGUUCAAAAUGCGGACAAGCCUCUCUACCGUGGCACAUUACAUUGCUUCCAGUCCAUUGUGCGCCAGGAGUCGACGUUGGGUCUGUACAAAGGCCUGGGCUCUCCGAUGAUGGGCCUCACCUUCAUCAACGCCAUCGUGUUCGGCGUGCAGGGCAACGCCAUGCGCAAGCUGGGCCGCGACACGCCUCUGAACCAGUUCCUGGCGGGCGCCUCGGCGGGCGCCAUCCAGUGCGUCAUCUGCUGCCCCAUGGAGCUGGCCAAAACUCGCAUGCAGAUGCAAGGCACAGGGGAGAAGAAGUCCAAGAGGAAAAUGUACAAGAACUCUCUGGACUGCCUGCUGAGGAUCUACAACAAGGAAGGCAUCCGGGGCAUCAACCGCGGCAUGGUGACCACGCUCAUCCGCGAGACCCCGGGCUUUGGCGUCUACUUCCUGGCGUACGACGUGCUGACGCGCCACCUGGGCUGCGAGCCGGAGGAUCCCUACCUGAUCCCCAAGCUGCUGUUCGCCGGCGGCAUGUCAGGCAUCGCCUCCUGGAUCUCCACCUAUCCCGUGGACGUCAUCAAGUCCCGACUGCAGGCGGACGGCGUGGGCGGCGUGCACCGCUACGACGGCAUCGUCGACUGCGUGCGAAAGAGCGUGCGCAAGGAGGGCUGGAGGGUGUUCACCCGCGGCCUCACUUCCACGCUGCUCCGGGCCUUUCCGGUCAACGCCACCACCUUUGCCACCGUGACACUCUUCCUGCUGUACAUGCGCAAGGACGACGAGUGCAUCCUGACGGGCCCCGACCCGCAGGUGGCGCCCAUGCAGCCGCUGCAGCCGCAGGCGCAGGCCAGCAGCAUCUGAGCUCAGCCACGCCAAGCAGGAAGUCAUUAUCACUACAAAUCAGACAGGUGUAAUAUUUAAGAAUUAUCGGUGAGUCAGAUAAAACUGCAUUUGUACAUAUAUAGUCUGUUUUGUAUUCUUUUUUUUUUAAUGCUCAUUCAAGAAUAGAGCCCCAAUGUGGUUACAGGACUUACCGGUACUCUGAUGCAGAGUAUUAUGUGAAACGGCUGCUUUGUUCUCAUGUCCGCCGCCUUUGCUGUUCAAUCUUUAAUCAGACUUAAUUCGCAGUGUCAAACUACCAGAUUGUUUUUGUCUCGCUCCACACUACACUUUUUUGUUAUUUUUGGGUUAACAAAGGUGGGUGAGUCAAGUGAAACCUAAGUUCCCAAUCUUAGGUUUUAAGAAAAAACUCAAGACGUAAUGGGCACCCCUGGUAAACAUUCAAACACACAUCAUAACUGUUCCGCUUGAUAAAAAGGACUUUUCAAAUUCAUGUUCUAACCGAACCAGGAAACGUGACAGAUUAAACAAUAUUAAUUGAUUUCCGACUUACUUUAUUUCUGCCAGUUACUGGAAAAACACGAAGGUCAUGACUUGAGACUCCCACCUCUGACGGUUCCAAAUAUGGAAACACUUACUGUACAUACAUGAAAAUAUGACAUUUGUGUUCUGCGCUUACAGCCAUGUCAUUUUUGUUGUCUUUUUCUAAUACCUCCUUUUGAACCCCCGAAGGCAAAAACGAUCUGGUCCUGACUGAAUUUCAUAGGAAAUGAGUGACUCGGCUUCCGAAUUAACCAACUGUUGAGAAAAAAAAUGGUUGGAGCGAUGCUGUUACCAACUUGUGUUUGCUGCAAUAGUGUUUCAAAAGUGUAUUUGCAUUCGUCAAAAUGGUGGAAUUGCGAUUUAGGUAACUGUAUUAAGUCAUUGUACGGAGCAAGCUGACUUUCUCAUUGCAGUCAAGUCCAGUUUCUGCUCACUUCUUCCAUCACCGGUACCCUUCCUGUGUGAUCAUGCCCCAAUCAAAAAUCCAGAGAAAAGGAAACAAAAAUCCUGAUGAAGCCUAGUCUAAGUUUUGUUUUUGGAGGAUGCACCUGACAAUGCUAGACUAUCAUCAUCCCACUGCAGUGUAAAUUAGAAACCAAACGGUCGAUGCUGAGAAUGUGUAAUGGCAGUCUUGAAUGUCUCUCAAAAAAAAAAAAAAAAGUUAUUUUCUGAUCGAACCCAAAGGAUUGCAAGGCAUGUGUCGAAGCAGGGUGCUGGUGUUAAAUGAAACACAUCUCUGAAAGUCUGACUUAUUUUUCUACUCUUCUCUCACUAGAUUAUUUAUGCCCAUUUUGAAUACAAAAUCUGUUACAAUGUCAUAUGUGCUGAAAUGCUGUUAUAUGUGUCAUUGAUUGCCAAUAAAAGGCACGUUCUUGUUGAA